CUGUCGCGCAGUCGGUAUGAAGCGAUCGAUGAAAACGCCGCUGUUGCAAUUGUCAAUUCAUCGACUUGCUCUGUGACGUUUCAUUCUUUGCUAGAAGGAGGAGUGGAAAAGAUGACGUAGUGAAGAGCUUAGUUUUAGUUAUAGAUGAGAGUCUUGGCCGCUGAUCUGCAUGAAGUUACGGCGCUACUUCAUCACAAUUCUGUCUCGUCGGUAGCGGUGCAUAACUAUUGAGUGUUGGUGUAGUGCUCGUCCGCCUCCUUUGUGUUGACGAGAUUAGUGUGCUUGUGUUGACGAGAUUAAUGUUCUUGUCCUCUUUCCCAAAGUCAAAAUGUGCUGGGAUAGGAGGUAAAUUUAACGUAUAGAAAUGCCUUCAGUGUCGUUGUAUACUCUUGUUGUUUCAAACGUAAAAACGAGAAGAAGGUAAUUAUCCCUUGUUUAUGUUGAUGUCGUCGAAGACGGUGGAGUUGAUGCUGAGCUAACACAAAAAAGGUCCAUGUCCUAAAGUCGGGGCACCUCCGGUAGAGUCGACGUCUUACCUACCGUUUGGGUGGUGCAAUUUGGCUGCAGCUGUCCCUGGCGAGGGCAACAGAACGAUUUGACGGCAGCCGCUAAAUGAACUGGACAUAUUACGGCCUUUGCAACUACGACCUUUGCGAUCUUAAUUUCGUCUCUGAUCCAGACUGCGUUGUGUGGACAAGAGACCAGUGCACAGGCGAAAUAAGAGAAAACUUUUCUCGACCGUCACGAUAAGAAAAAGACGUUACAAGUGACAACAGAGAAGCGGAGUAUUGCUUCAACGACAAGACCUAGCUGCACGCGACGACGGUGAUCACUUCUAUUUGUGCGUCGACAGAGGACUACUUUAAAGUGAAGAACACGAAGUACUUGCAGCACGACUUCGCGCUACAUCCAUCUGCGACAACUUCGCCUCCCUGAAUCCACUACUUGCCGAUCAAGUACAGUAGAGUUGUUCUACCUCAAAAAUCUCGCACUCCUCACCGAAAUCACUGCAAGAUGAACAAGUACGAAGUCGUUGGCGUCGUGGGUGAGGGCGCCUACGGUGUCGUCCUCAAAUGCCAGAAUAAGGAGACUGGAGAGCUGGUGGCGAUCAAGAAGUUCAAGGAAAGUGAGGAUGAUGACAUUGUGCGGAAAACAACACUACGAGAAGUCAAGAUGUUGCGCAUGUUGAGGCAGGACAAUAUUGUACAACUGAAGGAAGCGUUUCGGCGAAAAGGAAAACUCUAUCUAGUCUUCGAAUUCGUGGAUAAAAACCUACUAGAAGUGCUGGAAAUGUUUCCAAACGGCAUAGAUCCGGAAACGAUAACCUUGAUCGUCUGGCAAUUAGUGAAAGCGAUAGAAUACUGCCACGCGCACGACGUGAUACACAGGUAUGGAAUUUGAUCUUUUUUUGAUGCUUGCUUCGUAAUUAUUCUUUCGUUACCUCUCCUUGUCAACGAACCUCCUUUCCGUUGUCAACCUCCUUGUCAACCUCCUUGUCAAGAUCCCCAACAAACCUCAGGGACAUCAAACCAGAGAAUUUGCUGAUGAAUAUGGACGAUCGAACAUUGAAACUUUGCGAUUUUGGAUUCGCGCGAACCAUGAGCAAGAAUGCGUCGGAGCUGACGGAUUACGUGGCGACGAGGUAACUUUGGGCUUCUUCGUCUUUGGGCUGUCUAUUAAGUAUAUGAUAAUAUACUCAUACAUCAAGGGGAACAACGCUCUAUACUAUUCAUUCGUCAUUAGUAGUCAAUACUAAUACAUCAAGGGGAACAACGCUCUAUACUAUGAUAAGCUGUCUAUUAAGUAUAUGAUAAUUGUAGUCGCUGUGUUGUGAAGAGGAUUUUUAUUCAGACAGCAGUGUUUCUUUUGGUACGUGUGAUAAAUCACGACCCUUUUCCCAAUGAAGAGCUGAACCCCCUCUCUGUAGAUGGUACCGCGCUCCCGAGCUUCUGCUUGGUAGCACCCGAUACGGCAAGCCCGUGGAUAUGUGGGCCAUUGGUUGCAUCAUGGGUGAAAUCCUCGAUGGGCAACCUUUGUUCCCUGGCGAGACCGAGAUUGACCAGUUGUUCAUUAUUCAGAAGAUGCUUGGCGCCAUUACCUCUGACCAGAUGGACAUGUUCAUGAGAAAUCCGCGCUUCAUGGGCCUCAAAUUUCCGGACAUGAGCAAACCAGAGACAUUGGAGAAACGAUAUGUGGGCAAGAUACCCAAGCGAUCAUGGAUGAACUUCAUGAAGAGCGUGUUAAAAAUGGAACCUAGGGAGCGAUUAGACGGAUCACAAGCAGUGGCACAUCCGAUGUUCGACGAAUUGAGACCAAAGAGCUCGAAGAUGAGUCACUUCGCGGCAGAAAGCAAUUCAAACUUAUGAGAUGAUGAAAUGAUAGUACAUCGAGGGGAACAACUUAUAAUUAAAUAAUUAUGAAAUGAUAGUACUAAAAGUGACUAAGUGGAGGUGCUUGUUUACAAUGACUGUUGGGUUGUUUGGAUAAAGAGGCCUGUUAUCCGGAUUCGCUAGGCCUAGGACAUCAACCAGAACUCAUUUCGCUAGAAGCGCAUUGUUCCCUUUUUUUGUUCAAUUUACAAGUUUCUUUCGUUCUCUAACGAAAGCCAACCACGGGUCGAACGCGGCCAAAGCGCCAGGCGGCCAAGCUCUAGACUCACCAGAAAGGACUGUACGGCCACAGAAAGCAUCGAAGAAAGCGUCAAAUGUUCCAAGUUUCGCAUCAGCUACACACGGCAGUGGAGGUCACGGCUUUGUCGCGGACCAAGGUACUUAAUUGGUUUUCGUUGUGAUGAACCUUUUCGGCAUCUCCGUAGUUUCAAUCAGUGUCGGCGCAAGUACAUUAGAACUUGUUCUUUUCCCCAAGACCACAGCUAGCAUUGGUGUUUUCCCCAAACCACAGGUCCAGGCUUAAACCACGCGAAUCCACUAGGCAGUAAUGCCACCUUCCGACACGUGGCAAAUCCUAUGCCAAAUCCGCAUGAAGGUUUAGGACCCAAUAUGACUGGCAUGAGUGCGACAAGCAGCGGCUUCUAUCCUGGAGGAGGCGGGAAUGUAAUUUUUCUGAUUCAUUUUCUCCUACCUCUGGGUUUGAUUUUGAUGAGGUUGUAGCUUCAUUUUUGUUGUAUAUUUGAGAUUUGUAGGUCGGAUUUUCUUAGACCCUAUUCGGAAUCUUUACAUAUUCUACAGUGACAUAGGUUUCUAACCCCAAAUACAAGACCUACCUAAUUGUGAAUCAGGCACACCACGCUCCACAUCCCUCGACAUCUUCCGGACACCACAAGCCGUCUUACGCGAAAGGCAACGAGUAUCGAGAAAGCGGCACACCAUAUUCGGAGUAUUCAAGAAGCAACCCUGGCACAAGUCACGGAACGGCAGGUCAUGGACAUGCAGGUAAAACAACAUGAAAUUAGUAUAGAUUUACAACUUCUACAACAUUUUUUUUUAGUGGUUGUAGUAGUUCAUGUGCUUCUACAACUCGACGAAGCGAACCAACCUUCUCUACUCCAAUACCACAUCAUGCCGACUACCGCAAUAUCACAUCAUACAGGCUUCUACCCUGAUCAUACGUACCAGUAUAGUCAACCGAACGAGGACUUCGACGGUGGAACUGGUGGAGGCCCUAUGUUUUAUGGCGGCGGGCACGAUGGAGGCGGCGCCGCACCACCACAGUACAGCUACGGCGCGAGCACAGCAAGCGAUAACAACACCGGAAGAGGACCAGGGUAUUGUUGUUUAUGUUGAUGGGAUAAGCCGGAGUAGGUAGAAAUGGGUAAAAAUUUCUAACGCUGGAAUAGUACGACAGUGCUUAGUAAUACUUUCAUUCAAGGUGGAUACGACGUAAAUCGAAUACCGUACGAAGAAAAAAAUCAUGACCUUCAACUCUCCUUCUAGGAACUUCGGUGCCCAUUCGGCUUCUGAGACCAGGAAAGUGCGGAAACCAAAGGGGACGUCGCGGCGCGGCGCCGCGCAUGACGAAGACUUGAAUGACGGACAUCAAGUCAUCAGGAAAAAGAAAGUCACGGCGAGGAAGCGGAUCGAACUCGAGGAAACAAGAGUCUUGCCGCAUAUAGAACACACUAGGGGAGGACAUGGUACUGAAUUGGAUAUUUUUUGCUUUAUAAUUCCUGCUCUACUAACUUGUUGGUCCUCCAGAGAUAAUUAUCUACUAAUCUGUUUAUAAUGAACAAAUAUCCUGUCUUUGGUCUUCCUACUCGGUUCAUCAACACUAAUAAGACGGUUUUCAUCUUUAUCUUCUGCAAGGAAGUGCUUCAAGGAAUCAACAUUGUUUGCCGACUCUUCCACUACCACAAAAAUCCAUUCUCCUCACAGGUGCUCGCAUGCCCAGUGUCGGUCACCAGGAUGAGGGAUGGGACGACAACCACUGGCCCAACGCGCAUUACAGCUUGCCUCCUAGUAGAGACCUAGUGGCUUUGAGUAGCCGCGACGGGACAAGUCGAGAUGGACGUAUAACUUUGUUGUGAUAUGACUCUUCCAUUUUUUUCCCAUUUUCGAAAAGUAAAGGAAACGCCUUUGAAGGCGAUCAACACAAAGAAACACUCCGUCCUGCUUUGGGCGCUCUGCCCGCCUGUCUCUCUACACUUCGCGUGCAAGAGGCGGAAAGGCACCCUAUCCUAUCCUAUCCUUUUUUUGUUACAUUGACCAGGAAUUAGUAAUUCAAACGUGAAAAAGGGUUUCCCACUCCGCAUCCUCCACAACAGUCGCUGUAGGCAGCCACUACUAUCGCGGUGGAACCGGCGAGCGUAGACCUAUGUCGCGAGAGACGAGUGGGCUAAAUCAUCGACGCCCGAGUCGAGACGAAGACCGAUGGGCCACUAGUGACCACUUCUUCGCGCCACCCAUAUAAACAGCUGGAUCAGGGCGACGCGUCUGAGCUUACAGCGUUUUGCAAUUAUUACGAUGCUGGUCUGCUAGUAAUUUCUGUCUAAUAUUACAAGUACUAUGGGUGUGAGUUUCUGCUAACGACAACGCAGUACUACCAAGAAAACCUCCAACUCAAACCUAUUAUUAGGUAAAAAAUGCUAUUCAGGAAUGUUGUUAAAUGUGUCUUCUAUCUUCAUGUCUAAUUGUUAUCAUUGCUAUCGCAGUCUCUCUCCACUCAGGGGAAUCUCAUCGUUGUCUCUCUCUCUCUCUCCAUUUAGGGGACGAUGAAGAACUCACUAGUAUUAUUUGAUUGCUGAUCUACUACAACUUUCUCGAUGAACAGUUUCGCUAUCACCAACACAGAGAACAAUAUUUGAGUAUCUUACAGUGGUGACGAAUCACUAUAGUUUGCUCGAUAAAUAGUCCACUCACACUUUUAUAAUUCACAACUCUGUCGAAAGUUUUUAGGGAUAACCUCCGAUAAUCUUCUCCUGCUCCCUUGUUUUAUUCAGUACCCCUAUAAUGAUUAGCUGCUUUCCGCCUGCUCUCUUGUUUUGUUCCAUCUCCCCUUGUUAUUCACUGCUGAGCACCCAUGUAUGUUCCUUCCACCUAAGAAAUUUAUGAUUAUGUUAUAUAUCAUUAUCAGCCAUAGCUGCUCUUUGUAUAGUCUUGUGCUGUAGUUAGUAGUGGUCUAGAGAAGCAUUUUUAUCAGAGCUAGAGGGACCGACUGGCGUCAAAGCAGUUGUGUUUCUCUCCUUUGAUCUUGUCCCUGUUUCUGCUUCUAAGUCCUCUUGUUGUACCUACAAAAAUGGGUGUUUCGAAGACCAUUCUUCUUGCACAGAAAAUUUAUAGAACUAACUGUUAGUACAACAGUGUUGUUACAACAGCGUUGAUGUGAUUGGACAGUGGGUUUCUCUAGUGUGUUGUUUCGCUCGGAAACAAGUCAGUGAAGGACGCGCGCUGGCCCUUUGGCCGAAGACUUUGAAAUUGAAAAAGAUAGAAGUAAUUGUUUCGCUCUACAACAAACAUGUUCAUCUUUUGAUGAAUAAAUAAAGUUCGUGCUGAACUUCGCGAGGACCCCAGAAAUAUUAUAGCUUCCUUUCGACUAAACGUAUAAACAAAAUAUUUUAGAUGAGCUCCUUCUGUACCCCAGUGAGUUGCUGUGUACCAUAAGCAAUGACUCAGUAUGUGGAUGCGCGACCCAUCUUCCCCAAAACAAGAGAGAAAAGACAGAGUUUCCCCUUACAAUGCUGCAGUGUGAAAAAUGACAGCUCCACCUUCGAAAG